ACAGCAACCAAGCAGUAAGCUCAUAAAGAAGUGUGUAGAAAGUCACAUUGCCAACUGCGUAAAAUUAAUGCCUUGACAAUAGAAUUGAAUAAACUGUGGUCAUUAGGUGGGCAGGGUGCUCGUGAGCGCUAUAUUUCUUCGGCUCAAGAUUUUAAUCGACACUCAAGUUAAGACAUAGAUACUGAAUUGUUGUAUGUUCAAGUCAUCAGCUCGUUUAAUGCGGAGCAACGCAACAGCCUUUCUAUCAGAUCGUAAUUUACAGUCUCUUUUGUUUUGACACAAAGAGAACGUUGCCUCUCCAUUGCACACAGACAUAAACUUGACUAUCAGAGGACAGAGAAGACUAUUCUGCGUCAUGUGGGUUGUAUUAACCCAUGCUGCUCAACAACAAUACAAAUAAUGUGGUUGAUGUUGGAAUCCUUAUCAUUGCUUUAAAAUUGAAAAUUCUGAUGCCGAAGAGAAAGAGGAAAUUCGCAUAUUGCAUAUCGUGUUGUAGCUUAACUGGGAACUAAAUUUACUGAGGUAAGGCGAGCAUACUGUAUCUUGUUGUCAAGUUGUAAAAGGUUUUAAAGUGUUGGUUGUGACACAAAAAGCUGCUUUGUCGUAUCGGAUUUCGAGGUUAUCAAAACGCAUCAAACCUGAUGUAAACCUGAGCACACGCAUGUCAAGUAUAAGCUCUUGUCUUAAAAGGGUCUCCAUGGCUUAAACCAUCAAGCGUACCUCACGAUUAUCAACGCUGGAGUAAACAGAUUCAUCAGAAAGGUAACCCGAAAUCGAGCAGCCAUGAUAUCAACAUUUAGUCCGGCGUUUUGAUGACUCUGCUCGCUGCCUCACUUUGAGUCGAUUGUUUCCAUGGUUACGGCGUUCGGGCAUUCAUAGCAAUAAAAAAACGCUUCUCGAUUCGCCAAAAGGUAGACAGUAAAUGUUUUCAUCGUUGUAAUCUCAAUGGCCCUUAUUCAGGCUGUAAAGCAAGGGAGUAUUCGAGCCAUAAAAUUAGUUAUCGAGAAUCCCAAUUUUGAUAUAAGACAAAAUGAGACAGGCACAACAGCCUUGAUAGAGGCAUGCAAAUUUGGUGACAAGAGACGAAGUUUAGAAAUGGUUACUACACUCUUAAAAAAUGACGCCUGCAUUUGUGACACUGAUAUGCAUGGUCGGAAUGCUUUGCAUUGGGCCUGUUCCAGGGGGCAAAAAGAAAUCGUUGAUGCUUUUUUAAGGAGUAACCAACCCCUAAAUCUGAACAGUACAGAUUUCAAUGGGAACACAGUUUUAUUUCAUGCCGUCAGCUCGGGCGAUUGUAGCUUCAUUAGAUUCAUCUGCAAAGCCUACAAGCGGAACGGGGGUGUUGUCGAGACUAAAAACAGGCAAGGAAUGUCAGCGGUUGACAUGGCUUUAAAACUUGGGCACAGAUCAUGUGCAGCACUAGUAAACAGAGUCACAGGUCUGAAUCAGUGUGUAUAUACAGCAGGUAAUGAUGAAUUGAAUUGUUGUACGAAAAGAGCUUCUGCUGCAUUCAAAGAUGAGCCAAGAGUCCUUACAAGGACGAAUAACUGCGUCAAAGGCGAUUUGCUGGCGGAAACAGUUACUUUAGCAGAUCAUUCAAAUCGUUUUAUACAAAUGGAAUCAAGCGGAAGAAGAUAUAUGAGCUCAUCUACCGAGGACGUAACCCAUGCGAAAAGAUCGAAACUGCCAAAAUUGACAAUUGGGAAUUUAACAACAAGGAUCGUGAGUAAAAGGGAAAGAAGUAAGACUGUUCCUAGAGUAACCGGAGACUUAAAAGCUGGAGGAAGACUGAUUGUAAAAAGAAAUUUUUCAAAGGGAGGAUUUAUGGCGAGAAGAGAGUUUUCCGAAGAUUCGCCAAAUACGUACAAGGAUUUACUUGUAGACUUUAAUCUAAUUUGUUCUGUGGAGAAAUCGCCUUCCUAUCGAAAAGGCUUCGUGAGACCAAAAGAAAGAGAAAAGACUAAAAUAGUGACAUUUUCGGAUACCACAGGGGAUGAUUUGAAUGGCGUUGAGAAACGGGACGAUACAAAACAAGACGAUAAAAUGGAAAAAGCAAAGGCGUCGAGAAAAAUGUCGAAAAUCCAUGAAAAGAAAAGUAACUCUACUUUGUUAUCGAAAAAAGAAAGGCGAAAAUCUCGAAAAUCUCGCGAUGAAGGUUGACUUCGUUUUGGACAAUCUAAUUUUGUCAAGAAUCGACCUUUGCUGGUCUUGAUAUUAAUAAGACCCCUUUAAGAGCAAGAAUUGUUAGCCGUUCGGACCUUGAUGGAUAGUAAACACAACUUGGAUGUUAAGUGUAGGAGGAAUGCGAUUGAUUCACGGUUUUAUUGCUAAAGAAAUUGUUCAAGAGUUGACCUACGACCGAGAUAUCCCACUUACUUAAGAGAAUUUAACGGUUUGUGUGAUAUUUGAAAUGCUGUGUUUCCAAGCAUGGACGAAAGGAGACUUUGGUGACAAUUUUAAUUUCUAUGCACAAAUGCUCGUAAAAUGGUUUAAUUUCUACUUAAUCUAGCCACCACAAGUUUAUAAAAUAUUGGAUCUUAGCAUACUUUGUGCACACAAUCACUGAUAAGAGGCAAAAGACACGUCGUUUUGAACAAAAGCUGUAGAAUAUUUGCCAUCCAAUCAAUACAGAAGGAACAUCAACUUUAUGAAGUUAUUCAUAUGUAUGUAUGUAUCAUAUAUAGCUUCCCUAAUAAGCGAAAAUUCCCCCCUUUUGGAUAUGUUUUCUAUUUACGAAUUUGUUUUUCUUUGAAAAUCGAUGGAGAAUAAAUGAUAUAACAGGUGGCUAACCGAGAAAACGCUUCGUUUCCUUUGCGAUAAAACCGAAACAAACAAAGCGGGAUUGAUCAGAGAGUCUGAAGUUUGGAUACGCAUCUUUUUGUGUAGAAAAACAGCAAAUAGACAUAAAAUAGCCCAGUGAAGUUGCUAUUGCCUUCUAAGAAAUGUGUUUUCGUUUAAUGAUUGAAGCAGAAUGUCCCGGGAGGGGGUUACUCCCAUUAUGGCCUGACAGGGGGGUCCGGUCAGGGUCAAAGAGGACCAGCGCUAAAAUUUUAAAAAAUUGUCCUCAAAUGGUAGUACAUUUUGACAAAACCCCUCAAACGGUAGCAUAGAAACCGAAAUUACUUCCUUGGUAGCAUCCAUUUCUUUGUGCUCCCCUGGUCCUUUUUUGACAAACUUCUUCAUAAUUGAUUGUUGUUGUUUCGGGAAAGAUGAAUCUUGUUCAUUAUCUAUAACAAAUCGCAAGCUAAACUGAGCAGUUCAGUUAUUAUCGAAAAUAGGCCAUUUGGUAGCCAUUUGGUAAGACCCUCACGGACUGGACCCCUCUGUCAGGCCUUAAUGGGAGAACCCCCGGGCAGAAUGUUUCAAGAAAACGGACCCUUGGAAAUUUAUUCGAAACUCGGUUUUUGUUGAAAUACGUCACCAUAAAUAGGCAUUUGGAGUGGGUUAAGAGGUGAUCAGGGAUUGUUGGUUAAGGUGAAGGAUGUAUCUAGUUUGUAUUUGAGCGUUAUUCAUUGGGUGUAACUGAAAUCAUAUAUCGAUGAAUUAAGAAUUAAUUCUUCUUCUCCACCCAUUUAUCAGGUUUCCUUUUCAAAAGUUUUAUUUCUUUUCAAAAUUUGUACGUGUAUAGUUUUCUAGUACUCGUAGCAUCCAUUUAGAAUAAGAAUAAAAAUCCAAUCCUCCAUAGUUAUUGCUGAAAAUUGAUUUUUUCUGCUGAAAUCUUUUCUUUGAUAAACAAUAUCACCACAACACUACUGGAACGAACCCAGGCUAAGACUUAUGUAUCUUGUAACUAAAGAUAACCCACCUCGCGAUAUGGGUAAAGGUUACGUUGGACCUUGUUCUUUUUCCCUCAUGUCUGCGUACGCACAUUAAAUCAUGCUGCCGUUGUUUGAUUGUAUGCCUGCCCAAAGUAAGCCCCAAUUCAAUUCACUUGUUUAAAAUGCUUUCUUUGAUUUCGAUGUAGUAGCUCAAUGGGUUUCUUAUCAUAGAAUGUCUGUUUAGUGAAAAUAGUAGGUCUUAUAGCUUUUGGGUCAAUUUUAGCUAACAGUUAUCAGGUUUACGUAACAGCGUUUGUUUAAUGAAUCAGUCAUUCAUUAUCGUUUAAACAAAGGUUUAAACAUUAACUGUAUAUGAAUAAGUAUCAGCGUCUAAUUGCGUUUCUAUCUGUGUAUCAGUGCAUUGUAAAAUACUUGUUCAAUUCAAAUAGGGGUUGUCCCAACUUCAUGUGACAAAGUUCCCUUGUCAAAUGCAACGAAACGCAAAAAUAGCAAUAACCAAUGAAUUCUUUCGACGAAAACACCUUGACCCUUAUUGUCGAUAUGUCAAUUUUUAUGCCGAACAGUUGACUUAGAAUGAGAUAUAAUCUUGGCGAAUUCAAAGAUCAGUAUCCGCUAGAACUGAAUCCUUGCCCGCUUUCCAAAGAUCAAAUCCUACCGUUUUUGUAACGUAAAGUUCAGUGUGUUCCUCAAUUCAAGACAGAUUACCUCUGCGUCACAUAGGACUAGCAUAAAGCCAGUUCAUUCGUUUUCGUGUCAUUAUAGACAUCAUUUUGCCGUUACUGAAUCAGAGAAAUGACAUUCACUGAAAAGUUACUGAAAGAUACUGAAAAGAAAUGAAAUGACAAAAGUUUCAUUCAAGUUAAUGUAAUUUGUGGUGUUAUUUGCUACUGAAAGAGCUUGACUGGGAAAGUGGGAUGAAGAGGCGUCUAGAGUGGGUGGCUGGGGUGUCAACCACAUCGGAGCUGGCUAUUCACGGAUCUGGUUGGGUGCUGCGCAACGGACCUGGUGGAGUGCUGCGCAUUUUAACAGAAUUCAACUGCUACACUACUUUGUCUUUAUUCAACUUCGCAGAAAAAGAAGGUCGCAGUUUCUGAAUAAACAUUCAAUUGCAUUGGUUUAGAAUAUAUUGUUAAAUUAUAUCAUACAAAGAUCAAUGUUCCUCCAAAAUUUUGCUCUAGGGACAAUCUCAUAAGGAAUAUUUUUGUUUUUGUUUCUGAUUUUCAAGAGAAGAUUUUAACGAAGUGAAUAUGCAUCGAUUUGUCAAGUUUGAGUACUUUUGCCACACAAAAUCCCUGCUAAUUUGAGUAGAAGCGAUAGGCGAAAAGUCUCAUUCUAUCACAUUACAUGUCAAAAGAGCAAGCGAAGUCCACAGUUAAUACAAAACUUCCUAGAAACUUCAAAAUUUCUCUAAUCAUUUCAAUGACUGGAACACUCUUAACUGUGCCGUGUGCCAAAACCUUGAAGUCAUUCAACUCCCAAGCUUAAAAAAAUCGAUAAUUGGAAUCUGACUAUCAUAUGGAAUCAAUAAGAGCUCCACCUGAAAUGGAAGCCAGGAAGCAAAGCUGGUAUUUCUUGCAUAUUGUAUGAAGCAAAUUUAGCCCGCUUAACGAGGCAGACACGUGGUAAAUCAACUAAUGAAUUAAAAAUUGGUCGAUGGGCACAUGGGCAUUUUUAUGGAAGAAUUUCACCCUAUCUACAAAAAAGUCUUGAAUGUGGAUGGCAAGUUUGAUCGUGUAUUCAUGCACGGCUUCAUUUCAUUUUUUCCAGAAUUCGUCCCAAGACUUGAUAUUUCAUUUUUCUUUGCUUUGAAAUUUCAAACCCUUUUUUAUACUGCGAUGUGGUUUUGAGAACGACCCAACAGCUCAGUGAAAGGUCAUGAAAAAUGUCACCUUCCUGAUAACACUUGAUUUGAAACAUCAAGAUAUGAAACAUAAUUAUGAUAUUUUUGUGAGCCUCGCGUCAAACUCAGCCAGCUCGAGAAACAGUUGAGAAUCGCUGACUAAGAGUUGGGCAUGGUAAUCUACGGAACAGUCUUGCUCAGGAAUAGUUCAUUAUAACAUGGGUAUCAGAGCCACAUAGGUUGGAGGGUGGAAAUAGAAGAGAGGUGCGAAGAGGCGAGGGUGCGGAGAAGCGGGGAAGCGGGAGAGCGGAGAAAUAGAGAAGCGGAGAAAUAGAGAAGCGGAGAAACGUCUGAAUUGGUAUAGUACAGCCUGGCUAUAUGCCUGGUAUCAUAGAAGUCUCUUAAUUACUUCAAAGUAUAACAGCAACAAUUAUUGAAAAUUACUGACAGCACGUGGUCUUAAUUUCACCUUUUACCGUUCCAGACAAUAAAAUAACCGAUGGCCGCUUCAAAAACUGUCUAGGGUGUGACCCCACACCCCCUCCUUUGUCUGUAAUCUCUUAUCCUAUGCUAAAAAGAAUCAUAAUCCACUCCUCUUGCUCACAACUGGCGCCAUAGAAAACAUAGUUCGUCAUUUGUCGUGAACACCAACCAAGCAGAUAGGAGCAUUAAACAACUAAAUCAGCUUUAGCAUUCAACAAAAGAUCCUAAAGAUUUAGACUGUUUGAGAUAAUAUUUUAAUCUCCUUUCCACUCCACCUUAUCUCCAAAGCAAUGCAUUUGAAAUCAGAUGUAACGCCUUAAAAUGAAUUUUAAGCAUUUCUUUUUUAAGUAAAAGCCACAUAAUGACUAAUUUAUCGCAUAAACAGAACAAGAAUAAUCACGAAUGCGCUUUCAUGAAAUAUUGAAACAAAAGAUGAAACCAACUUGCCAGUGUCUUCAUUAGCCCGUUUUGUUUAAUCUGUAUUGAUGCAGGGCUGAUUACCAUGGUAAAACGAUAAAUCUAGUGACUACCAAACUCGGACGAAAUGUACAGAAUAACACGAUGCUAACUAGCUCGAAAAAUAGUUGAAUCAUUCUACAAUCGUCAUCAGUUUACAAAAGCUUAUAAUUUCACAGAUUUCAUUAUAUUUUGAAUUCUAAUAUAUAUUCUUCUAGUUUUUGGAUAUUUUGGAAUUUUCGUUUACAUACUUAAAAUGGAUGAUGAUAAUCAAAUCGCCAAAACGUUACCUUAUUCAGCUUGUUAAAUGUAAUUUUAUUUGCUAAACAAGAGGUGUUGUAGGUGUUAUCAGCCAUUAUAAUGUUCAACUUUCGGAAAAUUAUACAUAGAGCAACUCGUGUAGUAUUCAACAUUUGUACGAGCACUGUGACUGCAUAAGAAAAGCAAAUCUAUCUACCUUUCUAUCAUAAAUUUCUCAGGGCCAAUUUUUCUAUUGGCAUAUCGUACAUUAUGCGAAAUGAAAGUGACAAUUGGGCUACUAUGCUUGAAUACGAGGCUAUCAAUUUUGUAUGAGUUGCAUCUGCUCGCUGUAGAUAAAGUGAAUGCAAGCCGAGUCAUAAUUAAAUAGGCUUUGGUAACUCGAAAUUUGAAGUUGGCACGAAAUAAUGGAAACACGGCAUACUGAAGUACUUUUCGUCUGACACCCUUCAGAGUAUAAACGUAAGAUACUGACUAAAGGAAUUUUAUGUCCAGGUGUGGUUCCAAAGAAAGGAAAGGUGUUUGUGGUCGAUGAUUGGUAAAAAGCAAAAGAACCAAUCUAAAGCGUCUUUCUUCCUCUCACAUUACCUUUGAUCCACACCUGGAUACAAGUUUUCUGCUUUUCUUUGGUCAUUAUCCGACGUGUAAACCCUGAAGGGUGUCAUUUCAGUAAUGUUAGUAUUUUGAUGGUAAUGUUUCAGGGCUUUGAAUCAACUGCCAAUAUUUAGAACGCUGUGUUUAGAAUUGAAAUAAAAUCUCUUAUUUGAUACAAAAGGGUACCUGUUUUCGAUGCAUACUCGUUUUGAAGGCCUCUGCUAUGUUAUAGGUGAUGAAUAAAAAUAGACCCAAGAUGGAUUCCUGUGGUACUCUACUUUUUGAUUAAUCUUGCGCUUAAUGUAUAACCCGUAGAUGAGUUUAAUAUUCAAACAAAGGCGUCUUCUGCUCAUUUAAAAUGCAGUCAAUUUCUUUUGCCGCUU